AGACUUCGACCAGGAAGGUUCUUCCUUGAAGAUGUUUAAAAUACAGUUUGUAAUUGCAGUAGUUAUAGUGUUGCAAAGUACAGUUACUUUGUGCCAAAAUAUCCAAUGCGUUGAAGAUGAAUAUGGCGUUUGCAUCUUUUGGAAUAUUGACGAGGAAAAAUCGCUUCAAUUGCGAUUGCCAAACUCUACAACUACAACAACGGAAAUCAAGUUCAUCGAUUCAUCUGUUCCCGUUAUAGCCCAGGAGUGGUUACGUAACUUUGAAGAAAUUACAUCAUUGUUCAUAAGCAGCACACAAGUUCGUGAUAUCGUGCAGGAUGCAUUUGACGUUUGCCCUAACUUGACCGUUAUUGACCUAUCGGGAAACUCGUUGAAAUCUCUGCCAGAAAGUGUCUUUGCCAGUACGGUACAAUUGAAGCUGCUGGAUCUAUCCAACAAUAAUUUGGAGCUUUUACGAGAAAAUAUUUUCGAAAAUUGCCCCGAGCUAGCACGCUUGGAACUGCAUGGAAAUACCAUCAAGCAAAUGACCCGUGAACACUUCCGGAUUCCACGAGAGCUGCAAUACUUGAGUCUGGGUGAUAAUCAGAUCGAACAUCUAAACGGCGCCAUAUUUCACCUCCUGGAAAAUCUAACUACGCUUGGUCUGGGUGAUAAUUACAUAAGAGAGCUAAGGCACGAUGCGUUUCAAGGGUUGAAUUCCUUAGAAAUUUUAGAUUUAUCAAAUAAUCUCAUUGAUACGGUGAGCCCAGGAAUUUUUCAAACAACACUUAACUUACGAAUGAUAGUGCUUUCAGGAAAUUUUCUUCAGUAUCUUCCUAGUGGUAUUUUUAGUAAUUUGAAACAUUUACGUGAGGUGCAAUUACAAGGUAAUGAGUUACAGUUAUUGAAAGAACCUACAUUUGAGAGUUCUCCGCUUUUAGAGACUUUGUUGUUGAGUGUCAAUAACUUGAAACAUAUUUCACCAAACAUUUUAAAUAACCAAACAACCUUGAAAACCAUAGAACUUAAUCAAAAUCAGAUUUCGGAAAUACCUAAAACAAUGUUACCACUUAUAGGAAGCUCUGUGAAGCUUCACAAUAAUCGAAUCACAAAUGUAAAAGAUAACACAUUUUCUGAGGCAUCUGACAUAUCAGUAAUCAUGUUAUAUGGAAACAAAAUUGUUGACCUUCACGAUGAGGCUUUUGACAUGCUCAAAAACCUUAGGGAAUUGUAUCUUGACUAUAACAAUCUUACAAACAUUCCAAGUAUUCUUUUUAAAUCAAAUCCCAAGCUAGUUCAUUUAACAUUGACACACAAUCUGCUCACAACCAUCAAUACAAACACAUUUGCAGGACUAGAUUCUCUGUAUUCAAUUGAUUUGUCUUCAAACAAGAUUUCCGAUAUUCAGGAAGGUGCAUUUGUUGGCUCUGCAAUAACUUAUCUUAAUCUACAAAGUAAUCAAUUAGAAACAAUUGGAUCCAGAACAUUUUACGGACUCAAACUGUUAUACUUGAAUUUGGCCGAUAACUUAUUGAGCCGGAUUGAAAGUGAUGCAUUUGUUGGGCAACCAAAGCUAGAAACAAUAUAUCUCAAUAAUAACAAUUUACAUAACAUUGAAGACAAUACUUUUUCUAUGCAAGGAAAACUUGCGGAGCUAGAUUUUUCAAGCAAUUAUUUGACUUCAUUACCAAACCUUAACGAUUUGGUAUCUCUUAAGACAUUAAAAAUGUCACACAAUCAUUUAUUCGACUUUACCUUACACCGAUACACUGGACUAGAAAAUUUUAAAAUACAUGAAAAUGAUUCCCCGUCAAAAAAUAUGGAACAUUCUGGUCUUUCUGAAUUGGAAACACUAGAAACAAGUGAUAGCAAAAUUUUAUCAACAUAUACUCUUCAUCAGCUAAAAUCAUUGCACAUUGAUUCCGGAACAGAACACAAAUUUCUUGAAAGCAUUAAAACGUUCUCGAACUUAUUGGAGCUCAAAAUAACGAACACAUACCUUCCACAAAUUUCAGACAAAUUAAUUCUCGGGGCUUCUAAGCUUGAGCACAUAACGUUCAGUAACAACUCAUUAUCUCUCAUUCCCUCGACAUUUUUCGAAAAUUGUACAAACUUGAGUGUCUUAGAUCUAUCCACAAACAAGUUGCCAACCGUAGAAAAGUCCUGGUUUAUCUCGUUACACAAAUUAGUUCAACUUUCAUUAGAACGAAAUCAAAUUACAAGUUUUCCCUCUAGUGUUCUCAUUUCACUCAAAUCACUAAAAAGUCUAAACUUGGCAGAGAAUUACAUCAAAAUCAUUCCCCCCAACUUUGUGCUUCCAUCUCUUACAUCUAUGAACGUAUCUUGGAAUCAAUUGACAGAGUUAAAUCAAUUUGUUGAAAACAAUCCGCAUCUUCACGAUUUAGACAUCUCUGGUAACAAACUCACUGAAUGCUUCAUUUCGAAAAAAUUGCAGACACUGUAUGCUUCUGAAAAUCAAAUCACAGUACUCAAAUUUGAUACAUUUGGAAAGUUCAGUAUGCACACUCUAUUUAUUAGAAACAAUCAAAUUAGGAACGGAAGUGAUCUUUUGAAGCUUUCAAAACUAAAUUUCCUUGAUAUAUCUCAAAAUGACAUUGCGGUUGAUUUCACACAAUUGUAUAAACUGAAAAAUCUCAUCUCAUUUAAUGCUUCAUCAAUUCCGAGUAUCAAACUGCCUGCAGAUCGUACUGUUCCUUCAAAUCUACUUGAACUUGACUUGUCCAACAACGGCUUGAGCUUCAUUUCAGGCCAAUUUAUUAAAAGUUUUCCAAGGUUGACCGAUCUGUACUUGCAUGGUAAUAAAUUAACUAAAAACAGCAUUGAGGAAGUACAAAAAGAUUUGCAACACCUGGUAAACUUGAGUUCUGAUUAGGAAUCCACCUAGUGUUGGCAUAUCAGUCACUAAGAAGUUAUAGCAAAAUAAGUUGUGUGAUGAGUGAAAAUCGACGAACUCAAUGAAAACAGAACCAAAUCUAUAAACUACCAAACACCCAACAAUCUACCCUAGAAAUAUUUUGGAACCAACACUGCCAUAUAAAAUUAAGUAAAAUUGUACACAGAAUAAUAGCUAAUUGUUGCGAAAGAGUAGGUGAAAAAUAAAUCCAAUUGAAAUAAAAUAAAA